AUGUCGCUAUCGCUACGGCCCCUCGUGGUCCGAUUUGCGGAUCCGAGCGUGGAAGAUGCGCAUGUAGAUGUCAUUUAUGAGCGUGUGAAGCAGGAAGACGAGCGUGUGUGGCCGCAGCUGUAUGAUAUCACGGUGAAAGACCUCAAGGCGCGGCUGUGUGCGACGCAUGCAUCGAUGCAGGGCCGGCGCCUCCGGCUGAUCUACUUUGGGCGCGUGCUUCCGAACGGCGUGCGUCUGGCGCCGUGGAUCGAUGCGCUGAUGCCGUCGGAAGAUCCUGCGACGCUCGAGCAAAUGCAUGUCGAGCGCGUGAUGCACGACGCCAUGUACGAACUGCGCCCCACUGCCUCGAGGGGCGGCGAGGAGGUGCGCAUCGCACGCUUGCCGACUGUGUUCCUGCAGUGCUCUGUUGGAUCAUCGGUGACCGUGCCUCGUGAUGACGACGACCCGCUGGCAGGCCGAACGUCGCGUGAGCCCCGCGGCUUUGAUCGGCUGCGCCACACGGCCGGCAUGUCGGACCUCGAUGUCCAGAUGAUGCGCGAGCAGUUUCACCGGCAGAGCGGCAUGCUGCGCAGUGGCGAUGUGCUGCGAAGGAACGAAGAGGAGGAUAUGGCGUACACGAUGGAGGAGCAGUGGAUCGAUAACAUGGGCCAGCAUCCUCUGGAGCAAGAGGCGUGGUGGGCGCACAUCGUAGGGGGCCUGUUGCUCGGCUUUUUGUUCCCCCUCAUGCCGUUCUUUUUUAUGUACGAGCCCAAGCCGCUCGUGUGGUCUCGGCAGCUGCAGCGGCGCCAGGCAGCGGUGUCUGAGGAGCGCACGCGUGAGCUCGAGUCGCUUUUGCAGCAGCUGACUGACCAGCUUCGGCAGCAGCCUGUCGAUGCGCCGCAGCGCGAGCGUAUCGACCAGGCACAGGCCUCGCUGGAUGCGCUGCUCGAUCGGUUCCGGCGACACAGGUCGCCACGCGUGCCGCCUUCUUCGAGUGAUGAGGACGACGAAGAGGCGGGGCCCGAGCAGCCGACGCGCCUCUCUCGCCUCGGUGUGUUGGACCGGAAUCGGUACGUGGUGUUUUCGCAGCGGACCUGCUUUUGUAUCGUGAUGGGCUUGGUUGUCAACGUUCUUGUCAGUGUGUUUCGCUUGGCUGCGUAG